AAUAAAUAGGAUUUCUCUGCGUGUUUAACUUAAGAGAUUCAUCAAGGGAGUACUUGAAGGACAUGGACAUCCUACUUAGUUCCAAUUUGAUUCAUUUUUAUUAAGUUAUUGUGAGGAGCGAGUGCAAGUAAUCCACAUUCAAUUUUAAAGUUUUUUGAAGUGUUGCCAUUGAUCUGUCUUUUUACAUUAGCCUAAAUAUUUCAUUAUAAUAAAUAAUUUCAUCACUGUUCCAGAAGACUGCAUGGAGAGUGCAACUCUGUGGCAAUAUGAGCGAGAACACAGACUUUGAUGCUUCUGACUUGACAGAUAAAAGAAAUGGUUUGUUUCGGAAGAAAAUGAACCCUUCAAAAUCUGAUGACCUCGCAGAACAAAUCGAAUGUAUAGACAUUCCGAACGCGGACAAGGACGUUCCAGCCACUCGAUUGUACAAAAGGCGUUGGAUGAUAGUGUUACUUUUCAGCGCUUACUCUCUUUGCAACGCUUUUCAAUGGAUCCAAUACUCAAUUAUAAACAAUAUCUUUAUGAAAUUCUACAAUGUGAACUCUUUUGCUGUAGACUGGUUGUCUAUGAUCUACAUGCUGACAUACAUCCCGUUCAUUUUGCCUGUUACCUGGCUUUUGGAUAAAAAGGGACUGCGCUUCAUAGCGCUUGUUGCGACCGGUAUUAAUUGUAUUGGAACAUGGAUCAAAGUGGCCAGCGUCAGACCGACGCUAUUCUGGGUUACUUUGCUCGGGCAGUUCGCUAGCUCCGUUUCCCAAGUCUUUAUUCUUGGAAUGCCCUCCAGAAUCGCAUCUGUUUGGUUUGGAACCGGAGAGGUGUCCACUGCCUGCUCAAUCGGAGUAUUUGGAAAUCAGCUGGGCAUUGCCAUCGGUUUCCUGGUCCCGCCCAUCCUCGUGCCGAACGUGGAGGAUAAGAAUGAGCUGGGGCAACACAUCAGCAUCAUGUUCUACAUCACCGCCGGCGUGGCGACCGUUCUCUUCAUCCUAGUGAUCAUGGUGUUCCAGGAGCAGCCUGACAUCCCCCCGACCCAGUCCCAGGUCCAGGCCAGGGGGGUCCCACCAGAGGACUACUCCUACAUGGCCUCCAUCAGGAGACUGCUGACCAACAAGCCCUUCAUCCUCCUCCUCAUCAGCUACGGUCUAAACGUGGGCUGCUUCUACUCCGUUUCCACCCUGCUGAACAGGAUGAUCAUCGAGCACUAUCCUGGUGAAGAGAUCAACGCCGGGAGAAUCGGCCUGACCAUUGUCGUUGCAGGCAUGGUGGGAUCCCUCAUUUGUGGAAUAUGGUUGGACAAAACCAAAACCUACAAACAGACGACCUUGGCGUUCUACAUCCUGUCUCUGGUUGGGAUGGUGGUCUACGCCCUCACCCUCACCCUGGGCCAGCUGUGGGUGGUGUUCAUCACCUCAGGGGCUCUGGGAUUCUUCAUGACAGGGUAUCUGCCUCUGGGCUUUGAGUUUGCUGUGGAGCUCACCUUCCCAGAGUCUGAGGGCACCUCAUCAGGUCUGCUCAACGGCUCAGCCCAGGUGUUUGGCAUGAUUUUCACGAUCGGUCAAGGGACGAUCAUAGACCACUAUGGGACACUAGCAGGCAACAUCUUCCUGUGUGUCUUCCUCCUCUUAGGGAGCAUCAUGACAGUGUUCAUCAAGUCUGACCUGCGAAGACAAAGGGCCAACCAGCUGACUGGAACACAGGUGCCUGCAGGCUCGACAUCUCCAAUGCAGCACUACGGAGCCGCAGGGACCGGCUGCCCCACCCUGCAGAAGGAGAGGUUCUGACCCUAACCCAUAACAUCACUAAACCCACUCAGCCCUGCCUAGGGUGACAGAGCAGCUGUUACAGCAUCCAGGACAAUAUAACGAAGUUUGACUUGGUAGUAUCUGUAAGUUCCUGCCCAACCAACCCAUGCUUAUUUUGUGAAAGUGAUACGCAUUUGUCUUUUGCUUAAUCUUGUUUCCAUAGAAAUAGGUAGCUAACCAGAACUUCACUGGUAUUAAGCGGGAACAUUAGAUCUGAAGGCCAAGUCAGAGAUUAAUACUUAUAUUAACUCUUGUGCUGCCUUCGGGUUUUCUUUUAACCUUCGCAAUGUGGGGGGUCUGAGACAGCCCAACGGUUAAAAGAAAAUGCUUCACUUUGUUUUUGUAUGCGGUAAAUUUGACGCAAUACGAUGGUGGGUCACAAUGACUGAUGGGUCAGAAUGACCCGAAGAUAACACAAGGGUUAAAGGACAAUGUGGUAAUGUUGGGCUAAUUUACCUAAAAGCAUAUUAACAGUUUAGGGUUAGCCUAACCCUAACAGUAUGACAUUCCCAACAGCCAGAAAGUGUUGAUGAAUAAGGUUGAUGCUGUGUAUCUGAGUUAGUUUUGGAUGGUCAAUAUUGUCCGUGUACAGGUGAUGUACAUUUAAACUAACUGCUAGUAGUAGUGAUAGUAGACACUUUAUUGAUCCCCAAGGGAAAAUUGCUUUAAUUUGUAGAUGAGAAGACUGGUAUUUAUUCUAUUGUAUUUAGUGACAUUAUCUGUAUUUGAAAGAGAAACUUUGACAGAAUGGGAGCACAAAAUAAUUUGCUUGAAGAACAGAGACAAUUUACUUGUCAUUUUGCACAAGGAAGUAGGUGUUUUUAUGUACGAUUCUCUGAACGUGUAUUUGUUACUGAAAAACUGGAUUUAUUACAUGUUUAAGGUUGGUAGUAGGAUUUUAAACAAAUGUUUAAUACAAGUCAUGCAUAAUAUAUGCACUGUUUGUACACUGCUUUGGAUAAGUGUCUGCUAAUUGAAUCAAAUUUGACAUAAGUCUGUCAACUGCCUAAGAUAUGUAAUGUGGUUACAAUUAUCAAGUGAUUUAUUAUGUAUUGAUUGUAUAAUUUUGUGAGCUGUGAAUCUAAUAAUUCAGACAGUAUAUUACAUUGUAAUUGUAUUAUUUUUGUAGACACUUUAGUAUAAAUAAUUAAUGACAGGUCAUGUAAUUAUUACCGAGUGUCAUUUUUACUAACUUUUACUAAACAAUUUGUCCAGUAAUCUGUGUCUUGGGUCUGUAAUGUCUGUUGGUCGGGUGAAAAUAAAGGGAGAACCUCCUGA